AUGGCUCGCUACGAUCUUACGGCCAUGUCAUUCCUCGCUGCUGUUGUGGUCAUUAUACCUCUUCCAUGGCAUUGGCGGGCUAAGAACAUUGCGACAUUAACAACGAUGGCUUGGUUGUUCAUACUCAACCUUUUCCGUGGGAUAAAUACUAUCCUUUGGGCGGACACUGUGGUCGUGAAAGUACCUGUCUUUUGCGACAUUGGGGUUUUCUUCUGGACUGCAUCUUACUGGGGACUGCCAGCGAGUGCUGUUUGCAUCACUCGCCAUCUUGCGGGUGUAACUUCCCCGAACUUUACGCCAAGUGGUCGUGACGAGAAGCGAAGACGUUUCUGGUUUGAGAUGACUAUGUGUGUGUUUAUGCCGUUCGUUUACGCUGGUCUUCAUUUCAUAAAUCAGGGACACCGGUUCGAUAUUAUGGAGGAAAUUGGCUGUCAAGUCACUACAUACUUUAGCUGGGGAGCGGUCUGGCUCGUCUACUUUCCUUCGAUCCUUCUUUCUGUCAUCGCCGCGAUUUAUGCCAGUAUUGCAAUGUACUGGUUGAUGCAACGUCGUGCGCAGUUCCGUGAGCUGCUCGCUGCUUCUCAAUCUGGACUCACCACUAGCCGAUACCUCCGACUCAUGGGUCUCGGUUUGACGGAAGUCAUUGGGGGUUUAGGAUUAAACAUAUAUGUCCUGUGUACUGAGAUCAGGCUUGUCGGCAUACAGCCUUGGGUUAGCUGGGAGUACGUCCACUGGCACUUUCUGGCAAUCCAUCAGUUUCCCAAAGCUAUCAUUGUUCCUGAGCUGCAAGUCAGCAAUAAGGGGACGUCUACGAUCGCCCCCGUUGCAGCCUACUGUUUCUUCUUGUUCUUUGCGUUCGGGGAAGAGGCAGUUUCGGAAUACAAGAAAAACUGGGUUUGGAUCAAAGUUCACAUUUUCCGGAAGGAUCCUUCGACCAUGGUUGGGAGCGCUCUUCCAAGUUUUAUUGCGUACGUGCUUUUGCCGCGAAUAGCCACCGAGAAUUAUGCGAUUGAACAUUCCUUCACAGAAAAUCGGAGGGAACCAUCGGCUCUGUUGGCAAGUAUGAGAUGUCUACUCGAACGACGGAGACUCGUAGUACGGAAUGGAAGUCCAAGUCUGCGCGUGGCCUGGAAGAUGACGAUGACGAUAGUCUAUUUGCACCUCACGUUGACAUCGAAGCUCCAAAACCAGCCGAACUUCCCCGUGCCUCAUUAUCUGACGCAUCCCCCACCCCUCGACUUCCUAUCCCUGCUCCAUCACGCCCGCCGCACUUAG